AGAGAGAUAGAUAAGAGUGAUGUACUAGUCUGUCCAAGUAAAAAAAAAAAUCAUGGAGAAUUCAAAGAAGGCCACCACCCUUCCACUCCACACACACAAACUCCACCCUCUAACCACUUUCAACCGCCUUUACAUGGUGGUUUACGCAACCGCCUUAGCAUUGCUUUUCUACCAUCAUACUCGUACCUUAUUCAACUCCCCUUCUUCUCUUUCCUUCAUUCUCUCCAUCCUCCUUUUCUUCGCCCACAUUGUCUUCACCUUCAUAUGGACCACCACUCAAUCCUUCCAGUUCCGCCCCAUUGUCCGCUGCGAGUUCCCCGAAAAUCUCGAAAAUAUAAUUUCGAAAGAAGGGAAGGAGUAUCCUGGCUUGGAUAUAUUCAUAUGUACGGCUGAUCCUUAUAAAGAACCGCCAAUGGGGACGGUGAACACAGCGUUGUCGGUCAUGGCUUAUGAUUAUCCGCCGGAAAAAAUGUCUAUUUAUGUGUCAGAUGAUGGUGGGUCCCAAAUUACUUUGUUUGCGUUUAUGGAAGCUGCUAAGUUCGCUCGCCAUUGGUUGCCUUUCUGUAGGGAAAAUAAUGUUAUGGAUAGGUGCCCUGAAGCUUACUUUAACGGUGCUUUCUACACUAAUUCUUCACUUGAUGCCCAUAAAAUUAAGACGAUGUACGAGAACAUGAAGGUUAGAGUUGAAAGUGCCUUAGAAAAAGGAAGAGUCGAGGAGGAGUAUAUCGAUGAUGUAGAAAUGCAGCAAGUCUUUGCCAAAUGGAAGAGACAUAAUUUUACUCAUCAAGUUCAUCCUACAAUUAUUCAGGUCUUGAUUGAAUCAACAGAGGAAAAAGACGUUAGUGGUGAAUUGAUGCCCAACUUGAUUUAUGCCUCUAGAGAGAAGAGUAAAACCCAUAAGCAUGGCUUCAAGGCUGGUGCCUUAAAUGUUUUGGUACGGAUAUCAGCGACCAUGACAAAUGCCCCAUUAAUAUUAACCUUGGAUUGUGACAUGUACUCUAAUGAUCCACAAUCCGUUAAGCGGGCUUUAUGUUACUUCUUUGAUCCUAAAAUUCGGCCCACUUUGGCAUUUGUUCAAUAUCCUCAAAUCUUUCGUGGGCUAAAUAAAACUGAUAUUUAUAAUGGUGAAUAUAAACGUUUUUUCCAAUUCAAUUCAUUGGGAAUGGAUGGGCUUUUAGGCCCUAAUUAUAUGGGAACUGGAAGCAUCUUUCAACGUCGAGCUUUCUUUGGAAGUCCAUCAUCCUAUAUUCAGCCCGAACUACCCGAACUAUGCCCUAAUCAUGUGGUAAAUAAGCCCAUUAGAUCCAAAGAAAUACUCAAAUUAGCUUAUCGUGUCGCUGCUUGUGACUAUGAGAAUCAUACGGCUUGGGGCACAAAGUUGGGCUUUCUAUACUCGUUGGUGGAAGACUUUUUUACGGGAUAUCAAAUGCAUUGUAAUGGAUGGAAAAGUUUGUUUUGCCACCCAAAGAGGCCAGCUUUCUUGUGUCAUUCACCAACAGCUCUAAUUGAUGUGUUAACCCAAAGCAGAAGAUGGAUCAUUGGGCUUCUUGAUGUUCCUUUCUCAAAAUACAGUCCAUUAAUAUUUGGUAUUCGUAAAAUGGGCUUACUCAUGGGUUUUACUUAUACUUUUUACGGGCUUUGGGCCAUUGUAUGCAUUCCACUGACCAUUUACGCUUUCAUACCUCAGCUUGCUCUUAUAAGAGGAAUUUCUACAUUUCCACAGAUUUCAGACCCAUGGUUUCUUCUAUACAUAUUUCUCUUCACUGGUGCAUAUGGAAAAGACCUCCUAGAUUUUCUCCUUGAGAAAGGAACCUUUAUAAGAUGGUACAAUUCUCAAAGAAUGUGGAUGAUUUGCGGACUCUCAAGUUUCCUCUUCGGAUGCUUAGAUUACACACUUAGCUCCUUAGGAAUCUUGGUUCGAGGAUUCGAUGUCACCAGCAAAGUACAAGACGAUAAACUAAGCAAAAGAUACGAUGAAGGCACUUUCGAAUUUGGUGUGGCUUCACCCAUGUUUGUACCUAUGUCUGUGGCUGCCCUAAUCAACCUGCUUUCCUUCAUUAAAGGAUCAUUUGGAGUAAUUAGUAGAGGAUUGGACAAUAUGGAAGGCCUAAUUCUACAGAUUAUGUUGUCUGGUUUUGUUGUGAUUAAUUGUUGGCCACUUUAUGAAGCAAUGGUGUUUAGGAAUGAUAAUGGAAGAAUGCCCACUAAGAUUACUCUGAUUGCUGCUUUUUUAGCUUCAAUUCUUUGUGUGUUUGCUUGUGGGUAUUGAUUAAUUAUAGCUAAUUUCUCAAUUUAUGAUUUUUAAUCCAUCUAGGAUAUUUAUGAUUAUUA